CAGAAACGCGCUUUUGUUCUCGGUCACAAGUUCGCCAAGUCGGUCGACCUUGCAUUCACUCACCUACGCCCGCCGAGCCCACCUCGCCCGGCAUCCAGCUCAGGAAUAGCUGCAAUCGACACGCGAACAGCCCCUCAUAGAAUCGGGCUAGCGAUAGACGAAGAAGACAACCAUCCAGGAACGUUGAUCGAUCUCUCAGACGAUGACGAGAUGGGCCUCAGACGCAGAAUCUCGGAGAUGGACUUGAGAAUGUCUCCUCCGGAACGCAUGUUCUCCGACCAUUCGCAGAUAUCUGAGUACAGCGCUUCUACAGCUAGUGUCAGUGGAAGCCCCACAAAGAAGAGACGAAGUGAAAAGUCCAAACCCAAGGACAGCAAAAAUCAUUGGGUUAGCCAGCUUAAAGACUGGUUCAGCACUGGCGAGCCAUCCUCUCAAGACUGGAAACAGCUCAAGAAACAAGAGUACCACAAGCAUGGUAUCGCAAUGAACGACCCCGAGGCCAGUGCAAAGCUACAUGCCCCCAUCGGAGCAAUUCCUGAAGAGGCCAUCAAGCCUUCCAGUGGACCGGAUCCUGAGACGAUUGCCAAGAAGAAGUUCGCAAAUCGGAAGCAGAUUCGCCAAACCUAUGGCGGUUGUGAGAGAAUCACAGGCUCUGUUUCCUCCGAAUCUUCGGCAGGCAGCAGGGAGGUCAACCCUAUUGCCCCAUGGGUGUAGGCGUGAACACUGGCCGGCCUUGGUUGGGGGGUUAAGCAUGCCUUUAUUUGUAGCAAGGCAGAGGCGGGAGUGUAUGGAUUGAUGAAUGAGAUAACGACUGGAAGAUGAUGACGAUUUGCUUAAAUCGCUUUUGCAUUAUACCCGCUUCUAUACGCCACGGCAACAAGCCUGUCGCGGAAGCUGCGUUGGAAUUUUCAGGCUCGGUGGCCCUUCGUGCGCCACAGGACAGAGAGAGCCUGAAACGACUGUCUUUUCGAGUACCAUAGUCUGAUGAAAACGGAAGAUUUCUACACUACUUUCAUGUUCCUAAGUGCCAAAUUCACA